AUAUUUUCUUGGGUUCCAGGAAGCUCAUCAGUAUCAAAGCAAAAGUCAGGAACUUCCUUAAGAAGCAGAUAAGAGAUGGCAAAUCAACCAGUUUCUGGUUUGAUGAUUGGACUGGGGCUGGUCCACUGAUCACCCUCACCGGAGAAAUUGGGCCGCGACUACUACGAAUUCCUCGAGAUGCGUCGGUUGCGCAGGCUGCACUAGGGGGAGAUGGACUUUUCCGAGAGCUCGAUCCGAGGCCAUCCACAAAUCAAGAUAGUGGCAAUUGAACCACCCAAUGACAGAGAAGGACUAGACUUAACACUAUGGAAGCAAGCAAAUGGUUGUCUCUACUGCUCUGGCAAGUGAAGCUACAACGUUUACCUACGACGGAUCGACUAAGCCGGUGGGGAGUUCAGGUUGACAGUGUAUGUCAAUUAUACGGAUUGCAGGAUGAGAGUCACUUUCAUUUGUUCUUCGAGUGUCCUUAUAGCUAUGCGAUCUGGAGCCAUUUCGCAGGUUGCUGUGAUGACAGCCCUCCAUCGGAUCUAGGCCAAGUACAGAGUUGGAGUGGAAGACAAAAUCGAGGGUCGGAGCGAAACAAAGGUCUCAUCUCCAAGAUUCUCUCACACGUGACAGUGGACAUGAUAUGGAAAGAGAGGAAUGAUCGGAUAUUCAAGGAAAAAGUGACAACGAUCCGAGACGCACGGACCAAGUUAGACCGGCAGAUGCGAACUCUUUUACUGUCAGUUCGGCUGGGAAGUAACGCCCAACACGUUCGGUUAUUCGAGGACUGGUACUUCUUGAUGAAAGGCCUUAGAUAGGAAAUGAAUUAGAAUCACCUACGAUUGAUUAUUUUGCCCACUUGUGCAUGAGAAUCCAAAUUUUUGUAUAUAUCUAUAUCCGUUUUACAAACUGAUGUAUUCUUUUGGAGUUUAAUACAAUCACAUUUAACCAAAAAAAAAAUCCAGUUCAUUACAAUUUAGCAUCCAUAUCCGUCUAUGUAUUUUUAACAAAACCUUGGAGCGAAAAUACGAUUUCAAAAGUAUGUGGACGAAUAUAUCAGAGUCCAUAAAAUAAGGGGACAAAUUGAAAAUUACACAAAAACAAUCCGAGAAUCAAAGAUACAGACAGUCUAGUGAUCCGCGGAAACUCGCUAGUUAUGUUAUCAACUUAUCAUUAUCAUCACAUAUCAAAGAUACAACCCUAUAGGGUUGACCAUUUCGUUACAGUUCAUUAGAAUCGAAUCACAUCGAACAAAAAAGAUACGAUAUUUUUUCGAUCCAAAAAAGAUACGAUAUUUUUUCGAUCCAAACUGUAAAAAAAUUUCAAAAGAUAUUAUUUUUAGAAAAUUGAAUUUUUUACGACAGAA